AGUGCCCCUGAGCAGAGCGGCCGUGAGGGGAUGAAGGGUGCCCAGCCCGCCGGCGGCAACAGCAAAGGCAUGAUGUGCCGGGGGCCACCGCCAGCUCCCAGCGGCCCUCCUUUCUGGGACUACGCUCACCCUACUUUUCCUCCAGAAUACAUGGUCAACCCAGAAUACCUGGAGAGGGAACCUCCGAAAGUAUACCCUGGGUGUUCUGGAGUAUAUCCUUACCACCCAUUUCCCAUGGGGUUUGCCAUCAGUGAGUCAAGCUGUAGGGGAGCACCAUCACCUCCAGGGAUAUCACUUCAGAGAGGUUUCCGACACAUUCCUAGCAACUAUGGGCCAGGGAAUGCAACUUCUGUGUCAAUUCCAGAUGGAGGUGGAGAUUUCCAUCAAGGAUACUACACUCCUCUGACUCAGUUCCUCCCACCAAGUUUUCUGCCAGGGAUUCGUUACAUUCCACCUCCCCUUUCACUGAGCGUGUUGGCUGAAACGGCCAAGGAAGCACAUGCUACUGAAGCCGACAGUCAGGAUUCAGGGGUGGUUUGUGAGCCUGGCCAACCAUCUUCUUCCCCAGAAGAAACAAGCGGAGACCAAUCUGUAUAUUCUAAACAGUAAAUGGGCUGGAGAAGAGCUGAGUAGCAGGCAGCACUCUUUUCAUUACUGAGGAGAGUGUUAGUUAAUAUGAGGGUAGAGUGACACUUGGUCACUGAGCAGCCACAACAGCUAGAAGAA